AUGGAUCCUUUGUACUUCUCCACCGCUUUCCUCAAAGAAGCCAUUCCUCCAGAUGAUAACUUCUCCUUUUUGGCUAACACAACAAGCAACGCGACUCUCGGAGGGUUUUCCAUUCCUACCAGCAUCCGCUCUGUGCUCAUUCCAAUCAUUUACCUCAUGGUUUGUGCCGUUGGGCUGAGUGGGAACACCUUGGUCAUUUACGUGGUCCUGCGUUAUGCCAAGAUGAAGACCGUCACCAACAUUUACAUUUUAAACUUGGCAAUCGCUGACGUACUCUUCAUGCUCGGCUUGCCAUUCCUGGCUACCCAGAAUGCCAUCUCCUACUGGCCAUUUGGGACUUUCAUGUGCAGGCUAGUGACAGCUUUUGAUGGCAUCAACCAAUUCACCAGUAUCUUUUGCUUGACAGUCAUGAGUCUGGACCGCUAUCUUGCCGUGGUUCACCCCAUCAAGUCUACCAAGUGGCGUCACCCAAGGUUCGCCAGACUGAUCAGCCUGGCAGUCUGGACUUUCUCCUUCCUGGUGGUGCUCCCGAUGAUCAUAUUCGCUGAUGUCCAGGAAACCUUUGACACCUGCAACAUGAGCUGGCCUGACCCGGUGCAGAUCUGGUCUGCAGUGUUCAUCAUUUACACCUCCGUCUUGGGGUUCUUUGGACCUCUGCUGGUGAUCUGCCUCUGCUACCUGCUGAUCAUCAUCAAAGUCAAGUCCUCGGGAAUCCGAGUGGGCUCUACAAGGCGCCGAAGGUCGGAGAGGAAAGUGACCAAGAUGGUGGUCAUCAUUGUGGUUGUUUUUGUUUUCUGUUGGCUUCCCUUCUACAUUGUCAACAUCAUCAACCUGAUCUUCAUCUUGCCGGAGGAGCCUGUCUUGGUUGGCAUCUUCUGUUUUGUGGUGGUUCUCUCCUACGCCAACAGCUGUGCCAACCCUAUCCUGUAUGGAUUUCUUUCCGAAAACUUCAAGCAGAGCUUUCAGAAGGUCCUGUGCCUCCGCAAAGGAAAUGGCAUUGAAGACGGCGACCCAACCGAACAUCGGCAAGAGAAGAGCAGCCGCCUGCAGGAGGUGAUGCUACUCCAGAGAAGUGUGGAGUCCAAUGGGCACAUGCAGACUAGCAAGCUGUAG